GAAAGUAGAUCAAGGUCUGGAGAGAGACGUGCCGAUUCAGGCAAUGGAGAGCGUGGAAGUCGUUCGAGAGAUCGUUCAAGAUCGAGAUCAGGCGAUAACAACGGUGGCAACAACAACAACCGUGAUAGAUCAGGAUCUCGCGGUGGAGCCCUCGCUGAGGGACUCGAGGACCGUCGUAUCUACGUUGGUCACAUCUCAACCAAGACCAGACGUGACGACAUUGAGGACAGGUUCAGAAAAUUCGGAAAGAUUCUAAGUCUUGAUAUCAAGGCUGGUUAUGCUUUUGUUGAAUAUGAGGAUGAGAAGUGCGCAAAUGAUGCCAUUCAAGAGAUGAAUGACAUGGAUAUCGAUGGAUCAAGAAUCCUUGUUCAAAAGUCACAUGGCGGAAGAAAGAGAAACGCUGAUGAGUGUUACAUCUGUCAUGGAAGAGGUCAUUGGUCAUAUAGCCGCGACGUCAAGUGCUACAGCUGCAACGGAUACGGUCACUUUGCUCGUGACUGUCGCUCGGCCUCGGGUGGAGGCGGUGGCGGAGGCGGCCGCAGGGAUUCGUACCAUCCCUACCGCAGGUCGAGCAGCCGCGACAGAAGAAGAAGCAGCAGGAGCAGAAGCAGAAGCAGAAGUGGACGCAGAGACAGGAGCAGAAGCAGAAGUGGAGGACGCAGAGACAGCAGACGCGAGAGAGACAGAAGCAGAAGCAGAAGCAGAAGCGGACGCAGAGACAGAGACCGCAGAGACAGGAGCAGGAGCAGAAGCGGCGGACGCAGAGAGAGGAGAGAGAGGGAGAGAGACAGAUCCCCAGCGAGGAGCUCUCCAGGCAGGAGAGAUGGCGCCACC